UGAAGUGCUGUGGUACUGUGGUGUUCAGUCAGUGGAGGCUGUGGUUUAGAUGGUUGUAGCAUUGUAAGGUUAGAUAUCAGCCUGUCUGGGGCUCACAGUCACUGAAAGUAACAGAGAUGUUGUAUCGAAGGUUCUUUGAUGUCAAAGGUCUCUCCAUGAAGUUAAAGUGUGGGCGAGGACUAGAGGAAAAGGAUGGAGAGAAGAGUCGAGACAAAGACGAGAGGAGAGAGGCAAAGGCCAGAGAGAGAUGUAUGCUGAACGGACAUCACUUCAGCAUGGUCUCCUCCCAGACACAAUCCUCCUCCUGCCACCAAUGCAGCAAAACCAUCAACACUAAGGAUGCCUUUCUCUGCACCAAUUGCAAUUCACAUGUUCAUAAGAGUUGUAGAGAAAGCCUGCCUGUCUGUGCCAAGGUGAAGAUGAAGUUGCCCAGACAGCAGUUUGCAGUUCCAGAUUCAGCCACCAUUCCUGUUGUCACCCGGAGACCAAAACGAGGGUUAAACCCGGGUGCAUCGAGGGAGAGACCCUGGUCAGCCAUCUUGUCUCCAGAAGACCACUCCUCAUUGGUUGUUCCCUCCCGAAGACAUACCUCCAUCAUACCCUUCCCCGGCUCCAACCUGUCAAAGAGCAUCUCCAUAUCCAACAUCGCUGGUCACCAGGUGUUUGAUGACAUGCCUAUCAAGGGUCUGCGGUACCUGUCCCAUUCUACUGACUCUCUGUGCAAGACCAACCUGGUCAAUGAAUCUACAGAGUCAUUCACAGACGAAGGCAUAGAGAUGAUUGACAGUCAGCUGAUGGGGGAGUUUGAGGAAGACCUGAAAGAGCUGGAGGCAGACUCCUGGAGCAACGUUAUGGACAGCAACUUCCUCAAACAUCUGAAGAAGGACGUCAUCAAGAGACAGGAAGUCAUCUACGAGUUGAUGCAGACAGAGAUGCACCACGUGAGGACCCUGCUGAUCAUGAUGGAGGUGUACAGUAAGGGUCUGGUGAAGGAGCUGCAGCUGGAGCCUCAGACAGUAGACAGGCUGUUCCCUGCCCUGGGGGAGCUCCUGGACCUCCACACCUCCUUCCUGACACGUCUCCUGGAGAGGAAGAGAGAGAGCCAGCAGGAGGGGGAGGACGGAGGAUUCAUCAUCAACAAGAUAGGAGACAUCCUGGAGACACAGUUCUCAGGGACCAAAGCAGCGAUAAUGAAGAGAGUUUACGGGAAGUUCUGCAGCCGCCACAACGAGGCCGUAAACAUCUACAAGGAGCUGCACUCCAAAGACAAACGCUUCCAGGCCUUCAUCAGGAAGAAGAUGAGUAGCAGUAUCGUCCGGAGGCUAGGUAUCCCAGAGUGCAUUCUGUUAGUCACCCAGAGGAUCACCAAGUACCCCGUCCUGAUGCAGAGAAUACUACAUCACACCAAAGAGAAUGAGGAAGACCAUGAGGACCUGAGUGAUGCUCUAUACCAGGUCAAGGAGGUCAUCACUGCAGUGGACAGCAAGGUGAACGAGCAUGAGAAGAAGAGGAGGCUGAAGGACAUCUACAGCCGGACAGACAGCAAGUCCAUUAUGAGGAUGAAGAGCGGUCAGAUGUUUGCUAGAGAGGACCUGCUCAGAGGGAGAAGAUUGCUGUAUGAUGGACCUUUGCAGUUGAAGAACUCACAGGGGAAACUCAAGGAUGUAACGGCCAUGCUUCUCUCUGAUAUCGUCGUCUUCCUACAGGAGAAAGACCAAAAAUUCGUUUUUGCCUCUCUGGACCAGCGCUCCACAGUCCUCUCUCUCCAGAAGCUGAUCGUUAGAGAGGUGGCUAACGAGGAGAAGGGUCUCUUCCUGAUAACAGCAGGGAUGGAGAAACCAGAGAUGGUGGAGGUACACACUGCAACCAAGGAGGAACGCAACACCUGGAUGCAAAUCAUACAGGAGGCCAUGCAGUCCACAGAGAAAUAUGAGGAUGAGGAGAACCCCAGUGAAACAGAGGAGGACAAGAGACUGCUGGAGACCAAAGCUAAGGAGAUGAGAGAGAUGCUGAGGAAGAAGGAUGAGCAGAUCAUGUGUAUGCUGGAGGAGAAGAUGGCCGUGUUUAGGGAGAUGUGUGAGGUCCGGAGCCCUGGAACCCCCCCAGGAACAAGCCCAGGAGAGGACCAGGGCCCCAGUCAGGUCACCAGGGCCAAGGGGCUGUUCAGGGCUGGGAGCGGAGCGGGCUCUGAGGACGUACCUAAAGGAGAACCCAUCAUAAAGGGAGCACUACAGGAAGUGGAGACAUUGCAGGCGCUGGUGAACGGUACUCUGGGAGGAGCGAUGGGGGGGCAGCAGGUGGUGUGGGUCCCAGAGACAGAAGGAGUGGGAGGAGUGGUGGGCCCGGGCCCUGUAUGUCUCCUUCGCAGGGCCGAGACCUUCGGAGGCUUUGACUCUCAGCAGAUACACAUCUCUAAGAAUGGGGACAAAGAAGAGGGAGAGGACAGAGCAGACCUUCGCAGGACAGAGUCCGAUGGUGUACUGAAGAAGGGGGAGAAUGCGACCAUGAUGCUGUUACUGAAGAGGAACACUGAGCAGGUCCUCCACAGUGUGAGCCACAUCCAUGACUUGCUCAGCACCCUGCAGGCAGUGGUAGUCCAGCAGGACAGCUUCAUUGAGGAUCAGCGCCAGGCUCUCACCAACCGCCCCGAACGCCUCACCUCCUUCUUCUCCUCCCGUCCCUCCUCACGCCACAACUCCCUGAUCGAGCAGGAGAAACAGCGCAGCCUGGAGAAACACAGGCAGGAGACGGCCGCGCUGCAGCGCCAGCAGGCCACACACGACCAGGAGAAGAGGAGGAGGGAGAGGGAGUGGGAGGUACGGGAGCAGCAGCUGACAGACAGGGAGGUGCAGCUCCUGGUACAGGAAGAGGAGACGGGAAGGAGGAGCAGGGAGCUAGUUACGGAGAGGGUGGAGCUACAAAGGAAGAAGAAGGACUAUCUGAUAGAUCUAGAGCGACUGAGAGACGCUCAGGGGAAACUAGAUCGAGACAGAGAAAACAUACACCGAGAAAUGGAGAGGGUAGAACACAUGAGAAUGGCUAAGAGGUGGAUACAGAGAACUCCCUCUUCUACCUCAGACGACUCCCCCCACUUCCCCUCCUCUACCUCCCUGGACAAAGAUCCAAUGGACCCGACUGAGCUCUCCUCCUCUCCCAGGAAAGAAUCCCUGACCUCGUCAAAAGGGAAGAGCCUAAGCCCUUUCUCUGAGGCCAUGGCCCUAAAGGCCCCUAGUGGAGACAGUCAGAACCAGAUACCUAAAAGACUGCUGCAACUGGCUAAAGACAGGAGCAAGAACAAGAAGGACAAGAAGAAGAAGGAACAGGGUACACAGUCACCAGAUACCCAGCACCUAGAGCCUCCUCUAGAUGGAGAGAUCUACUUCUGCUGAGGAGACCCCUCUUCAUCUCCUCCGAUGUCAAUGCAACAUCCAUCUCACCAACUGAAUGGAAGGCCAAGUUGCCAAAGUGCCCCCAUUGUCAAACCCUCUAUAAGUCCUCACAAACACUCCCAACUGACACACAAUAGGAAGUGGAAGGUCUCUCAUCAUGUGAGUCAUAAGCUCCAGCUGCAAUGUUCUGUCUCAGUGCUCACUACAGAUUGGCUCCUGACUGUCACCUGCUAAAAAAAUAUAAGGAAACUGUUUCUAUGUUAGAUACUGUAGGUUAAAGAUUGUCUAUAACAAUAAGGAAACUGUUUCUAUGUUAGAUACUGUAGGUUAAAGACUGUCUAUAACAAUAAGGAAACUGUUUCUAUGUUAGAUACUGUAGGUUAAAGAUUGUCUAUAACAAUAAGGACACUGCUUCUAUGCUAGAUACUGUAGGUUAAAGAUUGUCUAUAACAAUAAGGACACUGCUUCUAUGCUAGAUACUGUAGGUUAAAGACUGUCUACAACAAUAAGGAAACUGUUUCUAUGUUAGAUACUGUGCUCCUGAUGUGCUUGACAUGUUGCAAUAAUCUCAAUGCAUUUUACAUGUGAUGCUAUGAUUUACAUGUGAUGCUAUGAUUUACAUGUGAUGCUAUGAUUUACAUGUGAUGCUAUGAUUUACAUGUGAUGCUAUGAUUUACAUGUGAUCCAAGAUCGAUAAUCAAUAUGUUGUUUAUACAGAUCAGUCUACACAAUAUUGAUACUAUAUAGUCCCAUAAGAAUUGGAGAAAACUCAAAGACUGAUGUCAGUUGAUCGUUGUUGUGGUUCAAUGUUUAAGAGCCACUUGUUACAAAUACCUGAAGAACCAGAGAACACAUAUGGAAUCAUGUUGUAACCAAAAAUACAUUAAACAAAUCAAAAUAUAUUUUAGAUUUCAGAUUCUUAAAAGUAGCCACCUGUUGCCUUGAUGACAGCUUUGCACACUCUUGGCCUUCUCUCAACCAGCUUCAUGAGGUAAUCACCUGGAUUUAAAAAAAAUGAAUAGGUAUGCCUUGAUUAAAGAAUGGUAUACAGAAUAUAGCCCUAUUUGGUAAAUGACCAAGUCCAUAUUAUGGAAAGAUCAGCUCAAAUUAGCAAAGAGAAACGACAGCCCAUCAUUACUUU